AUCGCAAAUAACUUCAUCCGCACCAGAGGCGUUCUCCCUCCCCCGCUGCACCUUCUGUCACGAGUCCCUCGCCCGGUGCGGCGCGCCGCCUGCUCGACGAAAUGGGGCAGUGGGACGCGCUAGUGGACGCCGCGCUCGCGAGGCUGGAGGCCAGGAGCCUGCUACGUGCCACGCGCCCCAUCGCGCUCGCGGCGCCGACCGCGGCGCCGAGGACCUUCGACGGCCCGGGGCCUUGGGACCAUGCCGCCGUCGAGAUCCGCCUCGACCGCGACACCCUGCACCAGUGGCUGGCCGAAGAUUUGGUUAGGCGAUGAGGCGGGUGGACAGGAAGAACAGCUGGAUGGAAACCUGAUCCUCUUCUCAGGGAAUGACUACAUGGGCCUCAGCUCGCAUCCGGCAGUCCGUGAGGCUGCUGUGAAGGCAGCUCAAGAUUAUGGCAUGGGGCCAAGAGGCUCGGCGUUGAUAUGUGGUUAUACUACUUAUCACAAAUUGGUGGAGGAAUCAUUAGCACGACUGAAGAAAAAAGAGGAUUGCCUUCUUUGCCCCACUGGAUUUUCUGCCAACAUGGCUGCAAUUACAGCCCUGGGGAGUAUUACCUCUCUUUUGUCCCCUGGAAGAAAACCUGCAGAGCACGAGAGAAUUGCCAUCUUCUCAGAUGCGCUGAACCAUGCUUCAAUCAUUGAUGGGAUUCGCCUUUUGGAGCGGCAGCAAGAAGCAUUAGUGUUUGUGUACAAGCACUGUGACAUGUUCCAUCUCGAUUUCCUGCUGUCCAGUUGCUCAUUGGAAAAGAAAGUUGUUGUCACAGAUAGCCUGUUCAGCAUGGAUGGUGAUUUCGCUCCAUUUCCUGAACUUAUUAAAUUACGCAGAAAGUAUGGUUAUUUGUUGGUCAUCGAUGAUGCUCAUGGGACACUUGUUUGCGGUGAGAAUGGUGGUGGUGCAGCUGAGCUGUUUGAAUGUGAAAAGGACAUUGACAUAGGUGUUGGCACCUUAAGCAAGGCUGCCGGCUGCCAGGGUGGUUUUAUAACAUGCAGCACUCAAUGGAAAAGGCUGAUUCAGUCGCGAGGUCGCUCGUUCAUAUUUUCAACUGCUUUGCCAGUGCCAGUUGUUGCUUCUGUGCAUGCGGCACUCUAUGUCUCGAGUAAGGAGACAUGGCGGAGAUCAGUGAUCUGGAGGCAUGUGCAGUAUUUUGCCUCAUUGACCAAGCUCGAGAUAACUAGUCCCAUAAUUUCCAUUGUGGUUGGAAGUGAAGCAGGAGCGCUCAGGGCUAGCAGGUAUUUGCUAAGAUCUGGAUUUCAUGUUACACCAAUCAGACCACCCACGGUGCCACCCAACUCGUGCAGGCUGAGAAUCACUCUUAGUGCUUCCCAUUCCUCGGACGACAUCAAAAGGCUGGUUGAUGCACUCACACCAUGGCUCCCUGUCAAAUAUGGUAAUGGGAGCUAUGCUACAGCUUCGAAACUCUAACCCAUCGGAGGAGAGUCUGGUAUCCUGCGGAAAGAGGCGGCAUGCUAGUGGGUGGUUGACGCGUACGCAUUUAUAUAUUCUGUGGCGUGACGCCUACGUCCUUCCCCAUUUAUAAGCAAAUACUACUGUUUUGUUAGAUACCAAUGUUGAAAUAGGCUUAUUAUUAUUAUUAUUAUUAGCAAGACACCGUCGUGACACCAUAAAUAUUUAGGUUGCAUCUAGUUUUGGAACGAUUUUCUCUAUUUUCUAUAAUGGGAUGAUCUCACGAAGCAAUAUUAUUGUUUGUAAUGAG